GGCAGCUCAGGACUUCCGGCGGCGAGCAGCUGCGGAGGCUGGAGCCAUUUUGGUCCGCACACUUUGCAUGCUUUUGUUCACACUUGCACUGGAUGAUGUGCCCCUGGCGUUUGCUUCAUCACAGAUGGUCUAUGCAUUGGUGUGGUUCUGGUGGAUUGCUUGGCCAUUUGUAUGGCAGGAGUCGCAGUGGAAGCCCGUGACUGCAUCAUCAGGGCUUUUGUCUAAACACCAUCGAACGUUGUUGGUUGAGUUUGCAGCCAUGGUGUUCAUCAAGCUUGCCCUCACCGAGGGUGAGAAAAUGCUAUUGCUGGUCCUGUUCAAUGAGCAGCAAUGGGGCGUUUUCGGCUUGGUCUCCAACCUUGGAUCAAUCAUUUUGCGUUUGCUUUUCGCUCCCGUUGAGGAGAUUGCCUACAGUGUGUUCUCAGCUCCAUCUGUCGAAGAGAAGCAGCAGCAGCGGACGGCGCGACUGACACUCCUCAGAGCUCUUUUGCUGCUUCAAGGAGGCGUCGGGUGGCUUGGCCUUUGCUUUGGGCCCAUCUUCUCUCAUGCAGCUGUUCGUCUUGUUUAUGGUCGAGAAUGGGCAGCUUCUGAGGCACCGACUGUGCUGGCUGCAUAUUGUGCAUUCUUAUUUUCCGCUUCGCUCAAUGGCAUCCUGGAAGCCUUUAUGUAUUCGCAGUGCUCCCCCGCAUGGGUGAGAAAGUGCAACUUCUGGCAGGUUGGAAUCUCUGCAGUUCUGAUCAUGGUCUCCUGGGCCGGCCAAAGCUCCGGUCCUAUAGCUUUGGUGGUGGCCAAUAGCUUGGCAAUGCUAUUGCGAGCAACUUUGGGUCUGAUAUUUGCUUAUGAUUGCUUGCAGCCGUCUUGGAACGAGCUGCGCUUGCGACCCGUGGGACAACUGUUCGGCCUUCUUGCUCUUGGCAGCCGAAUGAUUGCCUGGCUUGUUCUUCCUUUGAAGGAACCUUGGCAGACCGUUGUUGCAGUCAUGUCUACAGCCAUUGCCAUUGCAUCAGCUGGCUUUGUUUGCAAAGAAGAACUCUUUGCUACUGUGCUUGCAGUCAAGAAAAGCAAAGAGAAGGUGUAAAAAGGCUUUCUGAAUGGAAAGGAGCACAGAGAGUGCUGGACGUAUCACCUAGCUCUGUGGACACAGGAUCAAGGGAGUGCUUGCUGUGCGGCUACUUUCAGC